AUGUGGCAUCGGCGAACCACGAUGAAACGGAAGAAGAAGGGUGAACGAUUCCCACCGAAAAUAGCAGCAAAGGCAGAAAAGGCAUCGCUCGAUCUCAUUUACGGUAACAGAACAAUCCACGUCGGCGAUUUGUUGAUGGCUCACCACAACGACCAAGAAGUCAACUGGAAAUGGCACUCGUGGCAUCCAGCAUCGGUGUUCACAGCUCCAAGACAGUCUUUGGCAGUUCUCUUUCGACAGCUCAUGACGUCUGGAAGCAAGGUUGUAGUGGUGGUGCUCGAACUCGACAAAGCGACAACGGCAGGUGAUGGGGAUACAAGAAGAAGAAAACGGCAGUUGAAUCAGAAUAUUGUCGCCGUGGGUCACGUGGAUUCUAUCGUCCUUUUCGGUAAAGUAAAAUCGUUUCUCAACUUUUCUUCUGUUCAAAAGGGUUUGAAUUGUGGGCAAUGAUGAUGAAUUGACGGAUGCUUAUUGCGCACUAACUGGAAAGAAGACACCAAAGUGUGCAGGCAAAAUCGACACUUCACCUACCAUGACCCUCAAAUGUCCCCAUCUCUGCCUUUUGUUUCUUGUUCUUAUGUGUAAUUAUAACAUCUGAACCUUGGAUUUAUUAACACUGUGUUUGAUAUAGAGAGG